AAGACAGGGACUCAACCAGAAUGGGGGUACAAGUAAUCAGUUUGCUGCUGACAUGUGUUUUGCUGAACGUCUAUCCCACUUUCGCUGUAAACAAACUGUUGGUGGUAUUAGUGGACGGUUUGCGAGAGGACUAUCCAGCUAGAGAUCACCUCCUACUGCAGUUCCAAGCUAUUACGAGAGAGGGCGUGAAGGCACAGUAUGUCACACCGGUGUUCCCUGCCAAGUCGUAUCCCAACUACUAUUCCAUUAUGACAGGUCUCUACUCAGAAAGUCACGGCAUGACGGGUAACUACAUGUACGACUCCGAGAGGAACGUGUCUUUUCUGGUCGGCUUCAAUCAGGAGUCGUUUGAGCCCUUCUGGUGGGAGAACGCCGAACCGCUGUGGAUAACUGCCACUAAAGCGGGCAAGAAGGCUAAUAUGUACUACUGGCCAGGUUGCCAGGUGACCAUACGUAACACCGUCCCGAACAAGUGUGUGGAACUGACAGACCUGCCCUCUUACGAGAACAUGGUGAACAGCAUCGAAGAGAUUCUGCAGCUCUUUAGUGAUGACGCAAUUGACAUGGCGGGCCUGUACUACCAAAAGGUCGACAUUUGGGGUCACAGGUACGGACCCGAAUCAGAGCUAGUACGGGAUAAAGUGCGAGAGGUGGACAAUAUGCUCGGCUAUCUGCGACAGGAGCUGGCGGAUACGGGACUUGAACAAUCAGUGAACGUAAUAAUCCUGUCUGAUCACGGCAUGGCCUCCUUACCUGACUUCAGCGCCUCUAGCGGCUACAUCAGACUUGCAGACUACAUAGACGUCAACGACCUGAAGAGACCAACGUUCUACUCGGACAUGCUCGUCCACAUCUGGCCAAAGGACGGACUGUUAGAAAAGGUUUAUUCCGAUCUCCUAAACGUCCCCCACUCCGUCGUGUUGAAGAAAGAAGAAAUUCCUGACGACUGGCACUACAAGCGAGGGAAAUACGUCCCACCACUGACACUGCUCACGCAGUAUCCCUGGCUUGUGUUUGAGGACGCUGCCAUUCCCUGGACCUGGGAUAACACUACCCACUAUGUGCGGGGCAGUCACGGGUUCAACAGCAACAGGAUGGACAUGAAGGGUGUCUUUAUGGCAUUCGGGCCAGAUUUCCGACAAGGGUACGAAGCAGAGGCGAUAGACAUCGUGGACGAGUACCAGUUGAUGUGCCGUUUACUGGACAUCACCCCCCUCCCCAACAACGGGACCUGGUCCCGGGUGGAAGCCAUGUUGGGCGGGGCCAUUUCCAGCGCCGUAUCCCAGCAUGCUUGUGUUACCUUGACUUUAGCUAUCGCCCAAUUUGUGUUGAUCUUUUUCAGUGUUUAUUGGUCUCUUAAAUAGCUGGGGUACAUUUUCCCUCAUCAAAGUCCUUUGCAUCCUGACGGGCGUCCUGACAUUCCCUAGUGAUGAUAAUAAAAAAACGUAAUCUCCAAGCAGAUCUUUUGGUGGCUGCAAAGACAUUUGAUUUUGAAAAAGAACACCGUGGGAAUUUCGUAAUCCGUCCCGAUUUACUAUCGCGCAAAGCUGAUAUGCUAUCGUGCUUUCCUUUAUAUGCCUCAGAUAAUAUGGCCUAACAUGGCUAAUUUGGGAUGCCAGAUUAACAUUGCAAAUCCCCUGUUUAUUUUUGAUGUCUCGUUUGGCGCUGCCUCCUUUUUUUAUAGGAUACCUUA